AUGGGUAUACCUAUUAGUAUGGAGGCCCUUGAUGGGGAGCCGUCUCCUCCCCCUAUAGGUUUCCAUUUGUUGCAGGACAUGGUGGAGGAUAAAUCACAACAGCAGCAGCAGCAGCAGCAGCAGCAGCAGCAGCAGCAGCGGUAUCAACAGGAGCAGGAGCAGCAGCAGCGUCAAAUAUUUACAGAUUUAUGGUUAGGUAGGACGUCUCCUUUAUACGAGGCAUUUGUUCGUUGUCGUUGGCGUCUCCAAAAGGAGACACAAAAGGAGACACUUAGUAAGGAGACACUUAGUAAGGAGACACAAAAGGAGACAGAAAAGGAGACACAAAAGGAGACACAUAAUAAGGAGACACUUAAUAAGGAGACACCUCCUUUUCUCCAUCUAGAUUAUACUGUCUUUGGUCUAAAAUUAUUGCCCGUGCCUACGCAUUUCUUUAAAAUUAUUCUUGGUGUUAAUCCUAGGAGGGGACCAACAAUAAGGAGACCUCCUUCUCCACCUCCUGCUGCUGCUCCUGCUGCUGCUGCUGCUGCAGCUGCUGGUGGUGGUGGUGCAGCAGCAGCAUAUAGUGAUGGUGAUGGUGCUACGGGUUCUGCUGCUCGUUUUGCUAGUUCCCCUCCUACAGCAGGAGAAGGAGCAGCAGCAGCAGCAGCAGCAGGAGAUAAGCAAGAAGAGUAUUACCCUACUCUUGUGUCUCCUCCUGCUGCAGUAGGGGCCUUCUUGGUGCCUAAUAAGGCAAUGCAACAUAAUUGGGGGGCAAAUGCCUUUCGUGUACCUCUUGCGCUUGUUGAAUUCGCUACAGGAUUAGAUUUUACCGUAAGACAUGCUGCUGCUGCUGCUGCUGCUGCUGCUGCUGUUCGUGCUGCUGCUGCUGCUGCUGCUGCUGUGAAUGAUGAUGCUGCCUUUGAUGUUAUUGAUGACGAUGCUCUUGGUGCUGCUCUUGCUGUUACUGAUGCUGCUAUUGGUGCUGCUAUUGCUGCUGCUGCUGCUGCUGCAGAGCAGCAGGAGCAGGUGCAGCAGGUGCAGCAGGUGCAGCAGGUGCAGCAGGAGGAGGAGAAGGAGGAGAUAGUACCUUAA